UAAAGCUUCUUUCUGCUCUCCUACUCAGGAAGGAGCACGAGGCCCCUGGAGUUGCUGGCACUGGGAGCUUUGGAGCAUCAACGGUAACCAUGACCCCUCUGCUUCUGCUGUGUGUGUCCUUGCCCCUCAUCUCGGCAACAAUACUGUUCGAAGACCAGGAAGACAUGGAUGGCACACUGCGUGUCAGCAUCCCCAUGGAGAUGCCUCUCCAGCCUCUGCUGGGCAGUAAGGUAGUGGUACCGUGCUACUUCCAGGACAACACUGUCAAUGACCCCGGAGCACCGACCAUCGCCCCACUCUCCCACCGCAUCAAAUGGACCUAUGUCACCAAGGAAAAAGUCACCACGAUCCUGGUGGCGUCAGAGGGAAAAGUUAAACCGGAGAAUGAGUAUUUGGACAGAGUGACGAUGAUCAACUACCCACUUGUACCUACUGACGCCACCAUUGAGAUAACAGAGCUGAGGUCCAAAGAUUCUGGCAUCUACCGCUGUGAGGUGAUGCACGGCAUUGAGGACAACUAUGACUCUGUGGAGAUCCAGGUUCAAGGUAUUGUGUUCCACUACCGAGCCAUCUCCACCCGCUACACCCUGACAUUUGAGAAGGCCAAGGCAGCCUGCAUCCAGAACAGUGCCACCAUUGCCACUCCAGAACAGCUCCAAGCUGCUUAUGAUGACGGAUACCACCAGUGUGAUGCUGGAUGGCUCUCUGAUCAGACUGUCAGAUAUCCCAUCCAGGAGCCACGGGAGCGUUGCUAUGGAGACAAGGAAACCUUUCCUGGCGUGAGAACCUAUGGCAUCAGAGAUGUUAACGAGACCUACGACGUGUACUGUUUUGCUGAGAAGAUGUCAGGCAGAGUCUUCUACUCCAUGUCUGUAGAGAAGUUCAGCUUCUAUGAAGCAGGUGACCAGUGUGCUAAACUUGGAGCUCGGCUCGCCACCACUGGAGAGCUUUACCUGGCCUGGCAGGCCGGCAUGGAUGUGUGUAAUGCUGGCUGGCUGGGGGACAGGAGUGUGCGUUACCCCAUCAACAUCGCCAGGCCUCAGUGUGGAGGGGGGCUCCUGGGAGUGAGAACCAUUUACCUGUUCCCCAACCAGACAGGAUACCCCUACCCAGACUCUCGCUAUGAUGCUAUCUGCUUCCAAGCUGGUGAGGAUGUAGGUGCUGUGCCCAUGAGGACUACCCCUUUUCCAGACAUCAUCCGCAUGACACCUGCUCCUGGACUGUACCCAAGCCUCACAACUCCACCUGAGGAGAUCAUUGGUGGGAAAGUCAACACCCUCUUCCCACUGCCCGUCCCACCCAGUGUGACGGACACCUACUCUAAAGUGACUCCUGUGGUACGAGAGCCUGGACUCGAUCUGACUGGCAUUGAUGUUGCAAUGGCUCCCACAGGUGUAGUGUUCCACUACCGACCCAUCACUGGUCGCUACACUCUGACCUUCCUGGAGGCUCAGCAGGCCUGCAAAACAAUUGGUGCUGUCAUCGCCAGCCCUCAGCAGCUGCAGGCGGCCUUCGAGAAAGGCCUUCACCAGUGUGAUGCUGGCUGGCUCCGCGACCAGACUGUCAGGUAUCCCAUCGUAUCACCCAGAGACAACUGUGCUGGUAAUCUCCCACACCUCCCAGGAGUCAGAUCCUACGGUCUGAGGCCAGCUACUGAGCUCUAUGAUGUAUUUUGUUAUGUGGAACGUCUGCAAGGCGAAGUCUUCUUCACCAGCGACUACGACAGCUUCUCCUAUGAUGAAGCCGUGCAGCACUGUCAGAAACUCAACACCACCCUGGCCACAACUGGACAGCUGUACUCUGCCUGGAAACAAGGGCUUGACAAGUGCCGCCCAGGCUGGUUGUUGGACCGCAGCGUCCGCUACCCCAUAACAACCCCCAGGUCCCACUGUGGAGGCGGCCAGGUCGGGGUCCAGAUCAUCUACGCGUUCCCCAACCAGACAGGAUUUCCUGACGAGCACUCACGCUAUGAUGCCUACUGUUUUAAAGCUGAAAUUGAAACCAGAGUGAAUCUGACAAUAGUGACGACGGAUGUUAUCAAAGAAACAACAGUCGCAGUCGAUCACUUUGCUCCCACUGUUGAAACUACUGUUUCCUACAAUGAAACUGAAGCCACAGGAAAUAUUACUGAAGUAGAGGAGAUUAUUAACAAGACGACCAUCACGACUCAUCAAGUUGCUCCUACUGUGAGACCCAUCUUACCUCCACUCCCUGUCGAUGAGUCUGGCUCUGGUUCAGCUGAUCAGUCAGCUAGUGGGGAGAUCCCUGUGGAGUCCAGCACCUCUAGUGCCAGCGGUGUUGACUCCUCUGGUUCUGGACAGGAGGUCAUCUUCAGCGGACGCACUGAUGUCUUCUCCGGAGAGGAAUCUGGCUCUGGAGGUCCGCAGGAGGCAGAAGGAGGAAGUGCUGCAAUUGUCACAUCUGGAGAACUGGGAAGUGCUUCUGGAUCUGGGGAGGGCCCUGACAGACAACACUCUGGCUCUGGUGUAUCAGGAUCAGGUUUUAGCAGUGACGGUGGGGACAUGAGUGGCGAGUCGAUUAUCAUCAUAGUGGAUGGGAAGAUGGUGGAGGUGUCAAAACACGAAAAGCCAACGGAGCAGGAAUUAGGACAGGGAGGCAUUGAUACCAGUGGGGGUUUCUUGGAAUCAAGUGCAUCUGGAUCAGGAGGAGCGUCUGCAUCGGGGUCCGGUGGAUUUUCUGGCAUCUCGUUUGUUGACCACAGUGCUGUGGACCUCACAGUCCAGCCGUCUGGGGAGCAGGAGGUGUCUGGAUAUCGCCCCUUCGGAUCAGGGUUCCACAGUGGCUUUCCAUCUGGUGUCUCAGGCAGCGCCUCUGCCUCUGGGGACUUGCCUCGGGGUGAUGUGAUCUACCUUACAGACAACGACAUGAUGGAAGUGACCGUAGUGCCACAGGUACGCCAACCUGAGCAGGGUCGAGGGGUUGUGGAGGUAAGCGGAGAGGGAAGUGGGUCAGGGGUCCAUCUUGAAUUCAGUGGUACUUUGGACCAGAGGUUGCAUUUCUCAGGAAGUGGAGUCCCUCAUGAAACGCCAGCUGGCUAUAAUGAGUACAUUGAGAGCCCUGGCCAAUCAGGACUCUGGGAAGAGAGUCAGGAAGGCCGUGCAGGACCUACAGAGUAUGUGGUGACUCCAGACGCAGGCUACACCAGCCCAACCACUGCACCGUCAGUAUCACUGGAAACCCCAGCAGUUGUGGAGCAGCCUGAAGUCGUGGAAGCCUCUGCAGACCCCUGCGAUCCAAACCCCUGCAGCUCAGGAUCCUGCUCUGUGCAGGAUGGAGUCGCUGUGUGUCAGUGUCCCAGUGGUUUCACUGGUGAAGACUGCUCAACACCUGUGCAGGGCUGUGCUGAAGGCUGGUUGGAGUUCAUGGGCAGCUGUUACCUCCACUUUGCUGAGAGAGACACCUGGUCUGAGGCCGAGCAACGCUGCCAGGAGCUCAACGCCCACCUGGUCAGCAUCGGCUCUCAGGAGGAGCAGGAGUUUGUCAACUCUAACGGUCAGGACUACCAGUGGAUUGGGCUUAAUGACAAAGAUAUGCAGAAUGAGUUCCACUGGACAGACGGAAGUCCUCUGGCUUUUGAGAACUGGAGGACCAACCAGCCAGAUAACUACUUCAACUCCGGAGAGGAUUGUGUGGUGAUGAUCUGGCACGAGGGUGGACAGUGGAACGACGUGCCCUGUAACUACCACCUUCCCUUCACCUGCAAGGCUGGAGCUGUCAUGUGCGGAGCUCCCCCUGAGGUGGAACACAGCCGACCUAUGGGCAGCAGCAGCGAGCGUUACCCUGUCAACUCUAUAGUCCGCUACCAGUGUGACGCGGGCUACACACAGCGCCACCUGCCAGUGAUACGCUGCAAGCCAGACGGGCAGUGGGAGGAGCCACAGGUGGAAUGUACAGAAGCUGGCACCAACAGCAACAGGCUACACAAAAGAUCCCUGAGGAGGAGAAGUAAAGGGGUCAGCAGCCAACAGGAAAUGAGGAAGCAGCUCUGAGCAGGAAUGAAAGGACAUGCAGCAGAGAGCCACAAAGGACCCCUCUUGCAAAGAAGCAUGGACACCAAUGCAAAUGCCCGACCAAAAAGAUAACAUUCCCAACCAUGUAUAUAAACACACUAAAGCACAUUUAGACCGUGAUAGUUUAACUGACUGACGUUUUGGAUCUUUGAGUGUCACUCUGCACCUUCUGAAGGCAGUCCUCUUUGUAUUUAUGCUGUCUAAUUUAUAGCUGUGACCCAGUACUAGGGCAUAUUAUUUCAUUGCACAACACAACAUUUUUCUGCAAACAGUUGCCAGCACUGCACACAAAGUAAGGUAGAUAAAGUAGAGAUAUAAGAGGCUUUAGAGUGACACACAAAGUCCAAAACAACCCCUGAGAGAAGUGUUUUCAAUUGCAGCUGGAUUCUCUGAAGUAAAACACAUUGUUACAUAGACUUUUGCUAUAUUUUUAGGGCAAUUUUUCUAGUGUUUCUUAGUGUUUUUUAUUUCUUUUAUUUGGUCUUAAUCUCCUAAUGGCUACAAUCGUGUGCUUCAGGCCGGUGUAACAAACGGUUUCGUACAUUGUAGACGAGGAUGGUGAUUUUCAAACUUUUUGGUUGUGAGACCUUAAAUGAUGGAGAGCAGUGGAAUUUGGUUCUCUUUUCUUUGAGGCUUACGCAAACUUAGUCUUGCAUAAAAUCCCAAAUUGAAGUAAGAGAUACAUUGAUGCAGCAGAAAUUGUUUUUAAAUACCAUAAAUCAUCUUUACAGACCCCCAAAAGUAUCUUGUCACAACCUCAAGUUUGAGAACCACUGAUCAGCUGCACCACCGCAGUAUCAGAUGUACUGAAAUGAUUGUGCUGUUCCGUUUGAUGACGAAUAGAAAUCCAAGUUCAAGACGUGACUUAAGUCACUGCAACAGACCUGGAUUCAAACAGUCGGCACUUGUGCACUUUUGGGAGUCUUCAGUCACUUCAGUGCUAAUCAUUUGAAUCAAGUGCACCUUAAAAAACUCCACAUAAAAUGUUUAAGAGUCCUCAUCUGUGGCUGACACAUGGCAAGGAAACUAUAUAGAGUAACAAGUGAGAAUUAUUGUGUAGCGCUGACUCGACUGGAGCCUUCAGGAAGUCGACCUCUGUGGGUCACCUGUUGCAUAAGAUGCAGGUUGGGGUUUAUUUUUGCGACUUCUUAAGAGCAAUCAGCACCCUCAACACUCAACAGUCAACACUGUCUGAUGUGAGAAUCAUGCAUUUAUAGAUCUCACUGUAAAUAUUCUCUCUUCAAUUCUCUGAACAGCAGGAUCUGUCAAUAACGUAUCAGACGAUUUCAUCGUUCAAUCAGUUCACCAUCGACCUGUUUGUUGAUUUGUUGGUUUAAUUUACUGGUAAGUUGCAGAUAUUAAUCAAGUAGGCACGAUGGAUUUUGACAGGAAGACAAAUGGAUUUUUAUAGUAAACCCUCAGACAUCUUUGCAGAGGUUUAUUGCUUGUGUUUCAUGUGUGUUAUCAAUAGAAAUACUAUUAAAACUUGAGAAAUGACACAAUUGUAGCGAAAAGAAGCUGUGAAAGCAGUAGAAAUUAUUCAAAUGAAGAAGAAGAGGAUGAAGAAGGAGAAGAAGAGGGUUGAGCUGGAGGAGGAGGUUUUAAAAUGUUGACCAUGACCUUUUAAAGGUCAAGAUUUGCUUCAACUUUGAGAACAGAUACUCGUGUCCAUAUCUGACUUCUCACAGAAAAUUCACAAACACUGAAACGUGACCGCACACACAGUAAAAUGGUUCUUUCAUGGACACACCCACACUUCAAUAAACACACUACAAAUCAGUAAAGUGAAUGAGUGAGCCUGACAAGGCCACCAAGAGAAACACCAAGCUUGCUUAAAUAAUGGUACGUUUUGUACAAAUAAAUACAUGAAUGAUGAUGAAAAUGUUAAAUCUAUUACUCUACAGGAUGAGCUCUUAUUCCAACAUGUAAGCAACUAUGUGUAGAACUUAUCUUUUGACAAAUAAACCAAAAUAUGUGUAACAUUGCAGACGGACAGAUCCUAAAUCCUGAUGUGAACAUGCAGUAUGCUGUACUGUGCUGUGCCAAAUAAAACUC